AAUUUUGUCCAUAUGGAUAUAGUGAAGGAAAGUGAAUCAAAUUCAAAUGGAGAUGAUGAUAAAAUUUAUGUGUUCUUCACUGAAACUGCUGUUGAAUUUGAAUUCUAUGACAAGCCUCUUGUGUCAAGAAUUGCUCGUGUUUGCAAGGGUGAUCUUGGAGGAAAACGUAUAUUACAAAAAAGAUGGACAACAUUUUUAAAAUCCAGACUUGUCUGUUCUGUUCCAGAAUUAAAUUUCCAGUUUAAUAUUCUUCAGGAUGUCUUUUUACUUAAGACAGCAGGCUGGCAAGAAACAAAUUUUUAUGGGAUAUUUACUCAACAAUGGGGAAGACUGGACAUUUCAUCCGUGUGUGCAUACAGUAUGGAAACAAUUCAGGAAGUUUUCUCCAAAGGAAACUACAAAGGACCAGUAACUAUGGAGCAUUCCCAUGUCAAAUGGGUGGUGUACGGGGGCAAAGUGCCAAUUCCGCGUCCUGGGGCUUGUAUUGAUAAUUUCGCCCGAAGUUUUGGAUACAACAUUUCACUUGAUUUGCCCGACAAGAUUCUGCAGUUUGCUAGAGACCACCCUCUAAUGGAUAAUGUUGUAAAUCCAGUUGGUAAUUGGCCAGUGCUACUGAAAAGAGGUUCAAAUUAUACCAAGAUUGUAGUAGAAAGAAUUGUUGGCCUAGAUAAAAAAGCAUACGACGUUAUGUUUAUAGGAACAGAUAAUGGAUAUUUGCAUAAAGGUCUUAACUGCAAUGGAGAGAUGUUCAUUGUGGAAGAGAGACAGCUGUUCCGGUCUCCUGAGCCUGUACAGUCUCUCAAACUCUCUUCCAGGAAGGGCCUGCUGUACGUGGGGUCUCCAUCCCAAGUGGUUCAGGUUCCAGUUUCACUCUGCCACCAAUAUAAACAUUGCUUGGAUUGUGUGUUGGCGAGGGAUCCCUACUGUGCGUGGUCUCAGGCUUCUGCUGCUUGUGUUCCUGUGGCUAAUCAGAUUGGUGACAUUCAGAAUUUAAUCCAGAGCAUUAAAUAUGGGGAUGUUUCCAAAUGUCCUAGUUUAGGAAACAAUGUCAGAAGAUAUCCAGUUAUCCUUGGAAGCCAUGUUAAUCUUAAAUGUGUUACCCUGUCCAACCUGGCUAGCACAGUGUGGAAGUUCAAUGGGAGUAGACUUCAGGCAGAAGAUUCUAAAUACCUGCUUUACGAUGGAGGAAUAAUUAUAUUUAAUGUGACAGGAGCCGAUGCUGGAUUCUACGUGUGUCAGUCUGUAGAGAGAGCCAACGGGAAACAAUUCCCUAUUACUGUGGCUAGCUACAUCCUUUAUAGCCAGCAAGAGAGUGCUUUCAUUAUUCCUAAAAGUUAUACAACAAACCAACUAAAUGAUAAAACAACUGCCAUGCAUGCUAAGCCUUUGGUCUCAUCAUCUUUGCAGAAGGAUCCAGCAAAACUGAAAGCUCUGGAAGACCAAAAAGAGGACCUUGUUGUAAAAAUCUUGGGAGCAGGUUUUGCACUUCUUUUUUUUUGCUUGCUAGUUUGGAACUUUUGCAAGGGGCAUUUACGUUUGCCGUGGAAGGGCCGAGAAAGAAGCUCAAAAACAGUGGAUGUCAAUUGUUCAGCAGAUCCAGCAUUGGCAACAGAUGGGCCAGGCGCUGCGAGGAAAAAUCUGGCCAUACAAACUAAUACUUCCGCUUCUAAUGAAUCGAUCCCACUCAUGUACUCCCUCUCAGAAGAUAAAUGCAGUACAACUGUACAACACAACACAAGUCUCACAAAAAGGGUAACUGGAAGUUGCAGCUCACAAAACUGUUUGGUUCAAGAUGACAUGGCAUUUCCUACUAAGGAAUCUGGGUUGUAAAGUUUGGGUUGGAGUCAGGAGCCCCAAAUCCAUUGAGAUGAGCAAUAUUGUACAUGACAGAAGCACAUUUCCAGUUACUGCUUUUGGAAAAAAACCCAUCAAAUCCAUUUCCAGUACCCUUUUGACAUGGUGGCAUUGCAAGAAUAAACAUUUCUGCAGUUGUUACAGAGCCUUUACUGUUGUGUUCUCCUGCACCAUUAUAGAAAUUAACACUUCGGAAUCUAAUAAUAAUACUUAGCGCUCAAAAAGUGCCUUCACCUUCAGAGUUUAUCUAUGUAAUCUACAAAUAGUAACUAAUUAAGUCUCCUAAUGCCCCUGUGACGUAGUUAUUAUCUUCAUUAUACUGAUGAGGUUAAACAACUUGUCCAUGGCCACAGAGAGAAUCAGUGUCAAAGCUGUGGAUAAAAAGAGUUCCUAGCUCAUUUUGUAUGAUCCUACCAUUGACCACCAACCCUUUACUUUAUCACCUUUUCAAAGCACUUUACAUGCUUUAAAUUUAAGUUGCUGAUUAAUUUUUAAUGACUUUUACAAUGUCUCUCUCCCAACCCCAAAAAGCCUUGUGACCCAGUUUGUGUACCACAUAGCUACUGUGAAUUGAUUUGCCUUGGAGCAUGGCCAGAAUUCAGGUACCAUAACCCUUGGCUGCUGAGCAUAUUUGGUUGAACCAAUUUUUUUUAUUAAUGCUUCUAAUGUCUUCAU